AUGCAACCCCGCGUGCCGCUCGCGCUCGCACUCGCCGUCCAGCUCCUCGUCCUCGGCCAAAUCUUGUCCUGGACAACGCUCAUGACAUUUGCUACACCAGUCGCUACAGCAGACAUCGACGAGCGAGCGCCUGUCCCAACCGCAGAGGCCCUAAGCUUGCACCGGCAAUUCCGACGCACAGAGUUUCCCGACACGCCCGUAUCGUGCAAAUUCUGCGAACUCCAUUUCAACGAGAUUGAUUCCUGCGCAAAUGCCUCUGUCGUCUUUUCCAAUGUCGCAGCGAUACUUUGGAAUCCCAAAGAUUUUAUCUCGGUGAUCAACUGCGCAUGUACCGACACAUUCAAGUCGACGUACCCACAAUGCGUCGACUGCUUUGAACAGACAAACCAGACCGUCUUUCUCGAACCAUCUGGGGGCAACCUUUCGUCCAUCGUCGUCGGGAUGCGUCAGAUUUGUGCGCUUGGGAGUGCCAUUUUCGGAGGCGUAGCGAGUGCCAAUUCGCAGCUCCCUGGCCAGACGCCCGUUCCUGCUCCAACAUCAGGUGCUCUACGUAGAGCAUUUAUCAUCGCACGGUCGGGAGACGGAGGCAUUUUGCUGCUCACGGCCUUGAGCACGGUCCUACUUGGGUUGACAACCGGCGUAUGGACUGCGCUGUAG